AUGGGUCUAUCCUCCCUGUACGGCGCCCUUUUGGGCUUGACUGUCUUGUAUCUGGUCAAGCUUGUUUUGUUUCCCAAGAAACCAGUUGCGCCUCUUCCUCCGGGUCCCAAACCGAAACCAAUCAUUGGCAAUCUGGGGGACCUGCCGCCACCGGGAGAACAAGAUUGGAAACACUGGUUGCAUUUCAAGAAGCUCUAUGGUCCUAUCAGCUCCGUCACCAUCUUCGGCCAGACCAUUGUCAUCCUCAAUGAGCCCCGCAUCGCAUUCGAUCUCCUCGAAAAGCGCUCGGCCAUCUACUCCUCUCGACCGAGGAUGGUCUUUGCGGGAGAAAUGGUGGGAUGGGAAAGUACGCUGGGCUUGCAGGCCUAUUCCGAUCGGUUCCGCGCAUAUCGCAGAGUGAUGCAUCGCGUCCUGGGGUCGAAGUCCGUUAUAUCGCGCUUUAAUCCGCUACAGGAUAUCGAAAUUCGUCGAUUUUUGCUUCGAGUGCUCCAGAAGCCGAAUGAUCUGGUGCAACAUGUCCGGACGGAGGCUGGCGCUGUCAUCCUCAAAAUCGCCUAUGGAUACACAAUCGAACCGCAUGGUCGCGACCCCCUUGUUGACCUGGCCAACGAAGCGAUGGAUCAUUUCUCCGUUGCCGGGACGCCGGGGGCGUGGUUGGUUGAUGCCAUCCCUUUCUUAAAAUACGUCCCAGCAUGGUUCCCCGGCGCAGGGUUCAAACGGACCGGCAGCGACUGGCGCAAGAACCUUCUCACAACGAUUGAAAAGCCCUACCGACUGGUCCGGAAGCAGAUGAGCCAGGGUUCCUAUCCGCCAUCUUACCUAGCCAGCCUUCUCGAGGAAGAAGAUGGCACCGCAGAAGGAGAGCUUGUGAACAAAUGGACGGCGGGAUCGCUAUACACCGGGGGCGCGGAUACUACCGUAUCUUCCCUCUCCUGCUUCUUCCUAGCCAUGGCGCUACACCCCGAAGUCCAAGUCAAAGCCCAAGAAGAAAUCGACCGCGUCCUCGGCCCCAAUAAACUACCUACCUUCGACGAUCGCGACAAAUUACCCUACAUUGAGGCUCUCGUGAAAGAAUCACUCCGAUGGCACCCAGUUGCACCAAUGUGCAUUCCCCAUCUUUGCACCCAAGACGACAUCUACGAGGGCUACUUCAUCCCAAAGGGCUCCAUUAUAAUGCCUAAUAUCUGGGGCUUCACCCAUGACGAAAACACCUACUCCGAUCCAAGUGACUUCAAGCCCGAGCGUUUCCUCGGCCCCGACCCCGAACUCGACCCGCGCACUCUAUCAUUCGGAUUCGGCCGCCGGAUUUGCCCCGGUCGCUUCCUCGCCGAGUCGACGAUUUUCGGCACGAUCGCGCAGUCCCUGGCUGUGUUCAACUUUUCAAAGGGAGAUACUCACGAGACCAAGGCGGAGUUCUUGCCGGGUGUCGUCAGCCAUCCCGUGCCGUAUCGGCUUCAGGUGAAAGCGCGCAGCGAAGCUCAUGAAGAGCUGAUCAGGAGGGUGGAGAUUGAGUCUCCGUGGGAGAAGAGCGAUGCAAAGGAGAUUGAGCAGAUCAAGUGUUGAUCUGAUUUGAUACACGUGGUGUUUAUGGUUCAUAUGAGAUAUCAAUGAGUAAGGACGGUAUUGGAGGCCUGGGUAAUGGGCGGUUUGGUUUGAUUUUUUUUGAAGUAAUCCGUCAAUAAUGUAUAGCUGCCCUGCUAUAUGACGACUUAAUUUCCGC